CGUCACUGUCUCGACGCACAUUGCUCGUAGUUUCUUGAGCUGUUAGCUGCGAGUUAUUCACAUUUUGUCAUGGCAAAUGGAUGUCAAGACGUGCUGUUUACACGCGGAACUGGACAAAGUGAUGAUUCGGAUAUAUGGGACGAUACAGCACUGAUAAAAGCUUAUGACAAGGCAGUUGCAUCAUUCAAGACUGCUCUUAAGAGUGAAGACGAGCCACAAGCCUCCAAGAAAACCCAUCCUGGAAAGAAAAGGAAGAAUAAUAAAAAGAACCAGAGCAGAAAAAGAACUAAUGCACCUCCAGAUAAAGAGUGGCAGGUUGGGGACUCAUGCAGCGCUUACUGGUCAGAGGAUGGCCAGCUGUAUGCCGCCACCAUCUCCUCCAUAGAUGAAACAAAGGGCACUUGUAUAGUUGUAUAUACAGGCUAUGGCAACGAGGAGGAGCAAAAUCUUGAAGACUUAUGUUCACAGAUUUCUGAAGCUGAUGAAGAAACAAAUGUGCAGAUAAACAAAGAUGAAUCGUCAACAGAAGAGAGUGACAGGUCAACCACACCAAACCAACAAAAACGACAGCCACACAGUAAAUCUCAAAAGUCCAAGACUCACAAAGAACAUCCUCCUAUGUGGACUCCUGGCUUUCCUGGAUUUCCCCCAGGCCCACCUCCCAUGGCAGCUUUCAGACAAGGAAGAAGCAAACGAUCAAGUGGUCACGGACAUGUACCUCCUCCUUGGCCUCCCAUGAUGCCUUUUGGGCCACCAAUGAUUCCGCCACCACCACCAAUGAGCCCUGACAUGGUCGAUGAUGAGGCGUUGGGCAGCGUCCUCAUCUCCUGGUACAUGAGUGGAUACCACACAGGAUAUUACUUGGGAUUAAAACAAGGACGCAAAGAGGCAGCCAACUGGACAAAAGUGCACCACAAAUGAAAUUACAGAGAAAACAUUCUGAUUUUUGUUGCUGCUGUCGUUGACUGGAGCGGCAGCCGCCCUCCUUGUUGUGCCUGGUGUGUCCUCCUCGUUUCAGAAGGAAAUGUUAUAAAUAAAAUGUAUAUGAUUUGAGAAGAUCGGUGAUCAUUUUGAAAGAGGAGAGUUUUAUAUUCUUUGUAAAUAGAUGAAUAAAAGCGAUCUGAGCACA